GCGAAAUGCAUGACAGUUCUCGCUCUUGUUAGACUCUCUUUUUGCUGUUGUGUUGGUGCUGUGGAAAAAUGACAAACACACUGUCAAUUGUGUGGAUUAAACGAAUCCAUCGUAUGUCAAUGUUUUGAUCAUGCUCUAAUCGCGUAGUUUAGUUCAGUGUAUAAGACUUCGUGCAAAUAGGCGACAUCGAGUAUUUGUGUUUUUAUCUCUUUGAAAAAGUGAGGCAAUUCGGUCGCGCAAUUAUGUUAAGGCUAUACACACGAAUUAUUGGCCAUGGCAUUCGAAAUGGUCAAUCAAAUGCAACAUCAAAUCAAUUGCGGAUAAUUACGCAAUUGAGACGUAAUUAUGGCGACGAGCAAAAAACCAAAUUCGCAAUCAGUGACGAGGCUAUCGAUGGCAGGCCAUUAUAUUUGGAUGCACAGGCAACCACACCACUUGACCCAAGAGUAUUGGAUGCAAUGCUACCGUAUCUCACGAACUACUACGGGAAUCCACACUCACGCACACAUCAAUACGGUUGGGAGUCAGAAAAAGCAGUCGAAACAGCUCGUGAACAAGUGGCUACUUUGAUUGGAGCCGAUCCAAAAGAGAUUAUUUUCACGUCAGGCGCUACGGAAUCGAAUAAUAUUGCUGUUAAGGGUGUUGCCAGAUUCUACGGCGAAAAGAAGAAACAUGUCAUUACAACUCAAACCGAGCACAAAUGCGUAUUGGAUUCCUGUCGUGCCCUUGAAGCGGAAGGAUUCCGUGUGACCUAUUUACCUGUGCAGACAAACGGAAUCAUUCGAUUAGAGGAAUUAGAGAAAGCCAUCACACCAGACACAUCGCUCGUCUCGAUAAUGACAGUGAACAAUGAAAUUGGUGUGAAGCAGCCAAUUUCAGCCAUUGGAGAUCUAUGCAAAUCGAAAAAUGUUUUCUUUCACACUGACGCCGCUCAAGCCGUUGGCAAAAUUCCAAUCAAUGUAAACGAAUCGAACAUUAGUUUGAUGUCAAUAUCUGGCCACAAACUCUAUGGUCCAAAAGGUAUUGGCGCGCUGUUUGUUCGUCGCAGACCUCGUGUUCGCGUUGAAGCACUACAAAGUGGUGGUGGACAAGAGCGUGGUUUGAGGAGUGGAACAGUACCGACGCCAUUGUGUGUUGGAAUUGGUGCAGCUACCGAUAUUGCACUCAAGGAGAUGACCUAUGAUCACAAAUGGAUCGAAUAUCUAUCGAAUAUCCUGAUCGAACGAAUCAAUAGAGCCUUGCCACAGGUCAUCAGAAAUGGCGAUCCAAUUGAAACAUAUCCAGGUUGUGUAAACUUGUCAUUUGCUUUUGUGGAAGGCGAAUCGCUUCUAAUGGCACUAAAAGAUGUCGCUUUGUCCAGCGGUUCAGCCUGUACAUCAGCAUCAUUGGAACCAUCGUAUGUACUCCGGGCAAUUGGAGCUGACGAAGACUUGGCACACAGUUCAAUUAGAUUCGGCAUCGGUCGCUUCACGACACAAGAAGAAGUCGAAUACACGGCACAAAAGUGUAUACGACACGUUCAACGUUUGCGUGAAAUGUCACCGCUUUGGGAAAUGUCUCAAGAAGGCAUCGACAUUAAGUCAAUUCAAUGGAGUCAACAUUAGGAGAGAAAUAAAAUGUUCCCACUUGCGAUCACUUGUUCUGUAAAUAAGUUUAAGAUGUUUAUUUAGAAAUAUAAAACUACACAAAAUUUAAUUGCAA